AUGUCUGAUGUGAAUAAAUGUGGCAACACUGAUCUUGUGUGCCAUACAAAUGCAGACUGCCAGAAUACAUUUGAUGGAAGAUAUUUCUGCAUAUGUAAAGCAGGUUAUCUUGGAAAUGGGACACAGUGCGCUGACAUUGAUGAGUGUGCAGCAAAUGUACACAAUUGCCACAGAAAGGCAACUUGUGUGAAUAAUGUAGGUUCAUACAGUUGCCUGUGCAAACCUGGCUACACAGGAAAUGGGAUUGACUGCAACGACAUGGACGAGUGCUUUACAAACAAUGGUGGUUGUCACAAUAGUGCCAUUUGUUUGAAUACAGCUGGCAGUCGAACUUGUCACUGUAACGUUGGGUUCUCCGGCAAUGGGUUAACUUGUAAUGAUGUGGAUGAGUGCACAAAGCCUGGCAUCUGUCACUGGAGUGCAACAUGCACCAACACUAAUGGCUCAUAUAUCUGCACUUGCAAUGCAGGAUAUAAAGGAAUUGGCUUAUACCUGUGCUUGGACAUAGAUGAAUGUGUGCAGACACCAGGUAUCUGUUCAUCAGCACAAGGAUGCAAGAAUCUACCGGGCUCCUACCAGUGUACCUGUUCUGCGGGUUUUGAAUUACGUGAUAACAGAUGUACUGACAUCGACGAGUGUGCUCGGCAGUUCUGUAGCCCAUUUUCUAACUGCAUCAAUCAACCAGGUUCUUACAGUUGUGAAUGUAAGACAGGAUUUACAGGAAAUGGAUUGACAUGCGUGGACACCAAUGAAUGUGACGGCACAAACGAUUGCCACCCUCAAGCAACUUGCCAGAACUUUUUGGGCAGCUACGUUUGUGACUGUACAUUAGGCUUUACAGGAGAUGGGAUCACUUGUUCUGAUAUUGAUGAAUGUGUUGGGAUUGCAAAGUGUCCUGCCGCAUCUUCCUGCAUUAAUACGGCGGGCUCCUAUCAAUGUGAUUGUGCCGUUGGGUUUACCUUGAAUGGCAGUGAAUGUAUUGAUCUGGAUGAGUGCUCUACUGGUAUCUGUGACAGACAUGCCACUUGCAACAAUGUCCAAGGAUCCUUUACCUGCAGUUGCAACAGAGGUUAUAAUGGAAAUGGUACAGUGUGCAAGGAUAUUGAUGAAUGCCUCUUAAACAAUGGAGGGUGUCACUCAAAUAGCAUUUGUACAAACCAAGCUGGAACCUACACAUGCACAUGUAAAAGAGGUUUCUUUGGUAAUGGAAAUUUACUGUGUGAAGACAUUGAUGAAUGCAAGGUUAAUAAUGGCGGAUGUAUGAGCAAUGCAGCCUGUAGAAACACACUGGGAUCGUUCUUUUGUGCCUGUCCUAAUGGAUUCAAGCUUAUAAAUGCCACAAUUUGUGGAGACAUUGAUGAAUGCAAGAUAAUUGGUAUACCGUGUCAGUCAAAUGAACAGUGUGUCAAUACUUUAGGGUCUUAUCACUGUCAGUGCAAAUCUGGGUUUUCAAAGGCAAAUGGCAUUAGUUGUAAUGACAUUGAUGAAUGUAUCAACAAUCCAUGUCAUCAAAAUGCUCUAUGUUCAAAUGCCUUUGGCUCCUUUAUCUGUGAGUGCAUUUUGGGGUUUGAAGGAAACGGCUUUACUUGCAAAGACACAGAUGAAUGCAACUCCACGAAUAUCUGCCAUACAAAUGCCUUGUGCAUUAAUACUGCAGGAAGUUACAUCUGUCAAUGUCAAGAUGGCUUCAGAGAGAUGGAUCAGCAUUGUGAAGAUAUAAAUGAAUGCAGUCUGAACAAUACUUGUCUCUCAGGCACCAGUUGCCUGAAUUCAUUGGGAUCAUAUGUUUGCUCUUGUUCCAAUGGCACUUUGGUAGUCAAUAGCACUUGCAUGUCACCAAGCGAUAAUUGCUUCCCACAUUGCCAUGAUCGGGCUCUGUGUCAUCUUGCUGGCAGCAGAUAUCAAUGUGUGUGUGAUGUUGGCUUUCAGGGCGAUAAUUUAAACUGUGAUGAUGUAGAUGAAUGUGGAGAGGAAAAUAUUUGCCCAGACAAUCAGACAUAUUGUGUAAAUAUGCCUGGUUCAUAUAUUUGUGACUGUAAAAUUGGCUUCCAGAAGAUCGGAUCUUCCUGCACAGAUAUUGAUGAAUGCUCCACAGCAGGACAAGCAGGACAGGAAUGUCACAGCAGUACAUGGAAUGUCACCAGCUUGCUCAUUGCAUCAACAAUGUAG